UAUAAUAUCUUGCGUGCGAGUGCUGCCGCGCGCGCGCUCAAAUUUGGCGUUCCCUCGUGCACGGUCGUGGCGUCGAUUCCAAAAGGCAGGAGAGUGGAUGUGGUACGCCCUGUCCCCAGAUCGGCCUUUCAUCACGUUCCAAGGCCCCGUAGGGAGAUGGUGAGACUAGACGAGCUGAUCCCUAGUGGAAACUUUGGUCGCAACAGGGCCGAAGAAUCGGAUGAAGAAUGGGGCAAAGAAUACCCUGACAAAGAGGAGUGGAUCAAAAGUGUUUGGGAGAAAGUAAAUUUAGCACAACCUACGGACCAUCCCGAGGAACCAUGCGCCAUCUUCGAGGUCCCCAACCACAUCCAACAGUUGGAAAAUGAAGCCUACAAACCAAUAAUUGUUUGCCUCGGACCUUUUCGCCGCAAAAUCCCGGGGAGUUACAUCACGAAGUACCACAAGCGGCGGUGUGUCCGGCUCCUUCUAUUGCGUCAUCGAAGUCAGGAGCGUGCACGUCAAUUGUUGAGCGGGUGCUUGUUGGAGUUGAAGAAACACGAUGAGAAGGUCCGGAGCUGCUACUCUCAGGAAUUCUCCAAACUGAAUGCCCAAGAUAUGGCAAUGAUCAUGUUGCUUGAUGGGUGCUUCAUCAUUUACCUCAUGCUAAAAAUGUGUCCCAGGAAGGAAUCAAGAAGGAGACAAAGAAGGCGAAGGGGAUUGCAAAGGAGAGAGGGUAUGAUUGAGACGAGGGAAGGGGAGGUUGUUUUAAAUAUCGAGGAGGAUGAGCAGCUUGAGGGCCCAACUGUGGCAGGGCUGUUCACAAUUCAUGUAGUGAUUUAUGAUCUGCUGAAGCUUGAGAACCAAAUUCCUUUCUUCAUCAUCCGAUUGCUAUUUGAUCAUCUCAAAACAUGCGAGGAUGGACAGAUUGAUCUUGUUGACCUUGCUCUCCAGCUUUUCAAGGGCAUCCAUCCCGAGAAAUCCAAAUCAUUCGAGAAGAAGUCCCCCGAAGAAUACCAUCAUCUGCUCCAUCUAUUUUAUUCAUCUCGGAUCCCUUCAGAAAAGCCAGCAGAGUCCACAUCUGCACCAAGAGAAGAUGCUCCCAAGUGGAUUCCUAGUGCGACGGAGCUCCUCAGGGCUGGGGUGAAGUUCAGGAAGAAGGAACAGGCAGACAGUUUCUUGAACAUACAAUUCCAGAGAAGGAAGAUGAAGCUCACGCCAUGGCUAUGCCUCCAGAAUUUGUGUUUAAAGCUUAGGAGUGGGCGGAUGGAGAUACCACAACUGCAAAUCUAUGGCUAUACCGGUCCUCUCUUCCAAAACCUCAUAGCUUUCGAACAGUGCUAUUUCGACACUGAGAUGUACUUUACGAUAUACGCACUCUUUAUGGACUGCAUCAUCGACCAGGCUGAGGACGUGCGGUUGCUCCAAUUGAAAGGCAUACUGGAACAUAAGCUAAGCAGUCCUCAAGAUGUGGCAGACCUCUUCAAUCAGUUGGGCAGUCGUUUGCACUAUGUUCGGGAAAAGAACUACCUUGCAAAACAGAUUAAGGAAGUAAACAGCUUUUAUGAAGUCAAAUGCCACAAAAGGCUUGUUACUUUGAGGCGAGACUAUCUUGGCAACCCAUGGGCUAAAAUUUCAGUGUUUGCAGCGGCCCUUCUUCUCUUUCUGACCAUCGAGCAGGCAGUAUUUUCUGCAUUGUCCUAUUUUCACUCUCCAUAGGCGUCAUUAACCUGCUUGCCUGUGCAAACAGGGAUCAGGCAACAGAUAUAAUGGAAGGGCGAGUGGACAAGAAAGGAUUCCCUCCAAACAUAGAUACUGGAGAAUUUUUCGUUUAUCUGGGGAGAAUAGAAACUAGACGAUUAACUAUGGUUGUUAGGUAGUAUAGAUAAAUGCAGUUGGCUAUGCUGUUGACCUCAUAAAAAAUAAUUUGCUGCGAUGUAUCAUGGUUGGUUUGUAAUUUUCUUCAAUGUUAGCU